CGAAGGCGAGCAAUCUGGAAAUGGCCGACGCCGCUGGAGUGCCGGACUCCAAGGGAGUCACUAAUCGGAAUCGCAGUGACCAGGAGGCCAAGAUGGUGCGCUACGACUCCGAUGGGCAGAUUCCCAGGUGCCGAAAGACCCGAUUCUUCGUCGUCCUGAUGCUCUUCUCGGGAAUGGCCAAUGCCUAUGUGAUGCGCACAAAUAUGUCCGUGGCGAUUGUGGCCAUGGUCAACCACACGGCAAUCUCGCAUACCAAAUCGCCGGCUCAAUCGAAGGAACGGGAUGGUGACUUCGAGUGGAGCUAUAAGCUGCAGGGCUACAUCCUCUCUAGCUUCUUCUACGGCUAUGUCAUAACCCAGAUACCCUUUGGCCUGAUGAUCAAGUACUACGGCGCUCGGCAUUUUCUCGGCUGGGGCAUGAUGAUCAACUCGUUGGCCGCCUUCUUCAUUCCGAUCUCGGCGAGAUCGGGUGGCGUCGUCGGUCUGUGUGUGGUGCGUUUCAUCCAGGGCCUGGGCGAGGGACCCAUAGUGCCCUGCUCCCACUCCCUGCUGGCCCAGUGGGUGCCUCCGGACGAGAGAUCGCUGGCCGGAGCAGCGGUCUACGCGGGAGCCCAGUUCGGUACCAUUGUAUCGAUGCCAUUGAGUGGCCUUCUGGCCCACUACGGUUUCGAUGGCGGCUGGCCAUCGAUCUUCUACGUCUUCGGCCUGGUCAGCACCAUCUGGUGUGUAAUCUUCAUCUGCCUGGUGCAGGAGAGUCCGGCCGUGAGCACUCGCAUCUCGGAGGCGGAGCGACGGCACAUCAUGGAGGCCAUUUGGCAGGCGCAGCCGGAGGAAAGGGGCAGGAUACCCUUUGUGGGCAUUGCCAAAUCGCCACCCUUCUAUGCCAUUCUGGUGGCCCAUGCCGGGCACAAUUAUGGCUAUGAAACGCUGAUGACCAUGCUGCCCACCUAUAUGUACAGAGUUCUCAAUGUGAACAUCCGCACAAACGGCAUAAUAUCCUCGCUGCCCUACCUGGCCAUGUGGAUUCUGGCCAUUGUGUUUGGCAUCCUGGCGGAUUGCCUCAUCCGGCGGAACUGCUCCAUCACCGUAGUCCGCAAGUUGAUGAACAGCCUGGGCCAGUACGGACCCGCCCUGGCCCUAAUCUCCGUGGGCUUUGUGCACCACAGCCUCUGGCUGACCAGCGUGAUUUUCAUCCUGGGCAUGGGACUCAACGGUGCCAUCUACUGCGGCUUCAAGAUCAAUCACCUCGACCUGUCGCCGCGCUUCGCCGGCCUGCUAAUCUCCGUAACCAAUUGCGUGGCCAACUUGGUGGGUCUGAUGGCGCCCAUGGUGGCCGGUCAUGUGAUCGACCCCAAGUCCAGCGUGGAUAACUGGAGGAUUGUGUUUAAUAUUGCUGCUGCUAUUUUUAUUUUCACCGCCAGUUUUUAUAACGUAUUUGCCAGCGGCAAGCCGCAAUGGUAAACUCG